AUGCAGCAAAGCGCGCGCUUUUCAGUCUUGCUAAGCCGGCAACACUUACCACGCGCAUUAUCGCAAUCAUACGCAACACGUGCUUUCUACUUCGGUGUGAAAAGUAAACCCUGCAGACGCACUAAGUCCACUAUGGCUCCACAACUGUUUCCUGCUGAUUCCGGCAAGCUGAUCGUAAAGAACGCUCGGUACAUAAGCGUACAUGACGAAGCCAUCGACAAGCUGGCGGACCGAGUCAUCCGAGGCAUUAAGGAGAAGGAAAUUAACAUUGAAAACUUUUCCCAACACCAUCAUCAUCCGACGGCAAAGGAUCCGCAUGCGGUCAAUUGGAUUUUUCUGAUCGAUACGCUUAACUUUUGCUUCUGGACACCGGGAGCGGAUGCAACGAAAUGGAAAGUGGAUGGCGAGACGGGUUACUUUGCACUGUGUGCCGCUAUUAACCGGGCAAUGCGCGAAGGAAUCGACAUUACCAAUCCGUCCUUCUAUUCGAAAAUUACGGUCGAGCAGCUGGAAUCAAUUCUGCGGUCCGACACGGAAGGAACGAAAGCACCACUGUUACAAUCGAGAGUGAACUGUUUGCACGAGGUUGGCGAGGUGCUGCUCGAACGGUAUGAGGGCAAAUUUGAAAACUGUGUUCGUACCUGUGAUGGGUCAGCGGUUAAGCUGCUGCAGCGCAUUGUGGAAGACUUUCCCUGCUUCCGGGACGAAGCCGUACUGAAGCAUGGCGGUGAAGAUGGUGCAUCACCGCUGGAGACACGUGUAUCGUUCUACAAGCGGGCUCAAAUCUUGGUUGGCGAUGUGUGGUCCUGUUUCCGGGGAGAAGGAUUGGGUCGGUUCGAAGAUAUCGAUGCGAUCACGAUGUUUGCUGACUAUCGGGUACCACAGGUGCUAGUACACUUCGGAACGUUAACUUACAGCGAUGAAUUGAUGGCAUUGCUGAAGGAGGACACACUGUUGGAAUAUGGAUCUCGCGAGGAAAUAGAAAUUCGUGGUGCUUCUAUCCACGUGGUGGAACAAUUGAAAGCGAUGGUACGACAGAAACUGAUCACGAGUUAUCCUGAUAUUGAUCCGAAGUGCGUUAAUGCGAUUUUGUUGGAUCAUUUCCUGUGGGACUAUCGUCGAAAGCAUGCGUCUGAGCUGGAGUACAUCCCGUUUCAUAAGACCAUCAGCGUGUACUACUAA